AUGGCACCGGAAUUCUGCCUUCCCGCUAGUGACAAGACUUUUGGUCCUCGAGUCGAUGUCAGCUGCCGUUCCUUUGACUUUACACUUUUGUUCGAGGAUGUUGUCUUUGCAAGCCUGCCCGUCGCUGCGUUCCUAGCGCUAAUACCUCCUCACGUUACUUUCCUGGCGAGGAGGUCUGCGAGCUGCUCCGUGAGAUCGAAGCUGUUAGGGAGCAAACUGACCGCUUUGGCGGGCGUCCUCAUAACACAGGUGGUGUUUCUUGCUCUCAGAUCACAGAAUGAAGACCUCACUACUGCCGCAUCGUCAAGCGCGGAUGUGCUCUCUGUGGUUGGAACUGCAGCUGCCGCCUGGCUCUCGUACAUGGACCAUCAGCGCUCGCUUCGCCCAUCCACUCUUUUGAGCCUAUACCUUUCUGCCCUGACCAUUGUUGAUAUAGCGAGGGUUAGGACUUUGUGGCUCAUUGGCAAUGGUUCUCGAGAGUCAAGCGUGAUGACGGCGACACUUAUUCUUACAGGCAUCGCUUUAAUACUGGAAUCAAUCGAGAAGAAAUCCUCUCUGGCAAAAGAUAAGCGUGCUGGUGCUCCAGAAGAGUAUAGCGGUGUUUGGAUCAGGACAGCGUUCGCAUGGCUUCUCGCUACAUUCCGCACCGGGUACGCCAGAAUCAUUACCUUGGAUGAUCUGCCAAGUCUGGACACCCGGCUAGAGAGCAAAGUGUUGCGCGCGAAGCUGGCGAAGACCUGGGGUGGUUAUGACCAUCAAAAGAAGCACAGUCUUCUGAAGGCAUGCAUGCGCAGCUACCUUCCCUCGUUUUUGUCAGCAGUCAUUCCUCGGCUUUGCAAGACGGCUUUCAGUUUCACACAGCCAUUUUUGAUUGACACGACGGUUUCUUAUGUCGGCGAGACUCAACCUGAUGCCAAUUACGGCAAAGGCUUGAUCGGUGCGUGGGCUUUGGUUUUCUUGGGGAUGGCGACAUCACAGGCGAUAUAUCAAUACCAAAAUACUCGCUGGGUGACCAGACUGAAAGGGGGGCUCAUCGGGCUAGUUUACCAAGAAACGUUGAAAGCAAGAGCAGUUGACCUUGGCGAAACCACAGCUAUAGCCUUGGUGGGCACUGAUAUCGAACGGAUUGGUCAAAGUGUGCGAGUCGCUCACGAGGUCUGGGGUUGCCUGCUUGACAUUGGGAUCGCGAUCUGGCUUUUAGUAGAUCAAGUGUCAUUAGCUGCACUUGCCCCUGUUGCAAUCAUUAUUAUAUUCUUUGCUGCGACACAUCCUUUGACACGGGCAGCGAAAAGUGCUCAGAAGCAGUGGAUCGAACGAGUCCAAGAUCGCCUUCGUGUCACUUCAAGUAUGUUGGAUGACAUGAAAGCGGUCAAGAUGCUCGGACUUUCUCGAGUCAUGUCAAACAUUGUCCAUGGAUUGCGAAAAACCGAGAUUGAAACCUCAAAAAGGUACCGAAAGCUACUUGUCUACUUAAUACUGAUGUCCAACUCCCCGAUCAACCUCGCCCCCGUUGCGACAUUUGCCGUUUAUGUGGUUAUGUCGGUGUACUGGAAGAGCGGAUCUCUCCUUACGGCACAGGCGUUUACUUCCAUCACCUUGAUCAACUUGCUCAUAACCCCAGUUAUAAUAUUCAUACAGAAUGUUCCUGAGCUCUUCAAGUCCGUCGGCAGUUUUGAACGAAUCCAAGAAUACUGCAACUGCGCACCGCAAGGUACUAACCCUGACACAGCAGUCACUAGGAUGCAGGACGGAUCAGCGAUUGGUCUUGAACCACUCUCUCGCUCUACAUCAAAGCCCACCCAAGGCGAUAAUAAAUAUUCCGUUAUCAUGGAGUCCCAAAGCUUUUCCUGGGGCAGAUCCAAGUCUUCGGUGUUGAAUGACAUCAGUAUGGACAUUGCUCGGGGGAGUAUUACCAUCCUGGUAGGGGCAGUGGGAAGCGGCAAGUCUACACUCUUAGAAAGCUUGCUGGGUGAAACAUUCAGUACGCAGGGAAAUCCUUGGAAGGGAUUAUCCUCGGUUGCGUACUGUUCGCAGCAGCCUUGGCUCGAAAAUGGAACGAUACGCAGCAACAUCAUUGGCGUGACUCCAUACGAUAGAGAUUGGUACAGUACCGUAAAGUUUGCGUGUAAUCUGGACCAAGAUCUGCAAGAGCUGGAUAAAGGUGACCGAACACUGGUUGGAAGCAAAGGGCUGAACCUCAGCGGUGGGCAGAAACAGCGCAUUGCUUUGGCCCGAGCAGUCUACUCACGUAAGAACAUCGUCUUUCUAGACGACGUAUUCAGUGGCAUGGAUGCGCAUACAGUCGAUGCUGUAUCACGUAGGCUUCUGGGCAACGACGGUCUUUUCCGUGCACGAUCUACGACGGUCCUCCUAGCUACGCACAGCCACAAGCUUAUGAAGCUGGCUGACAGUAUCAUUGCGCUCCAGGAUAGCAAGAUCAUAGAAACCGGAAGUCCCGAUUCUCUCCUAAACAACGGUGGAUAUGUAUCGAAACUUGGCCUACACCUGCAGGAAGCUGGCGACUGUUGCGACUCUGACAGAGACAACGUGGCGCGCGUAAGCAGUACAACUGCCGAAUCGACAGCAUCAGCGGAGUUCAGAGAUGAACCGGAUGAUACAGCCUGGGACACAAGACGCAAGAACGGCGAUUUUUCUGUGUAUGGAUACUAUUUUGCAAGUUCCGGAUAUUCUGUCGUUGGGGUAUCCGUGCUCUUUAUCGGCACUUGGGUCUUCUGUAGCGAGUUUCCUACGGUCUGGUUGAAGUGGUGGUCGGAAGCAAAUGCUGCUGAGCCGAAUGCCAAUGUCGGCAUGUACAUGGGCGUCUACGUCGCACUCAGUCUAACAGGACUUUUGCUCGCCUGCAUUGCCUGUUGGUUUAUAUUUAUAACCAUACUAGCAAAUUCGGCGUACCGAUUACAUUCUGACCUUUUAGAGGCUACUCUAAGCUUUAGUCAAGAUAUGGAACUGAUAGAUAUGAAUCUUCCUAUGUACAUGGUAAACUACAUCACGACCGCUUUUUCUACCAUCAUCAAAGGCAUAAUUCUGCUAGUAUUCUCGCAGUACCUUGCUGUGACUAUGCCCUUCGUGAUUGCAGUACUGUAUGUCCUUCAGUCCUUCUACCUACAGACCUCACGACAAGUCCGUUUGCUUGAGAUCGAAGCAAAAGCCCCGCUGUACACCCACUUCAUCGAAUCUGUGGCCGGUGCUGCGACAAUACGCGCGUUUGGCUGGCAGAAACAUUAUCAAGAACGCAAUUAUCGCUUCAUCGACAGCUCGCAGAGGCCCGCCUACCUGCAGUACUGCAUCCAGCAUUGGUUGUCGUUCGUGAUGGAUAUGGUCGUCACUGGCAUAGCAGUUAUUCUCCUAGCUAUUGUGGUGACUUGGAGGGAUAAAUUUAGCGCAGGAAGCGUCGGUGUCUCUCUCGUCAUGGUAAUUACAUUUAGCACGAACUUGAUGCGGCUUAUUCAGAUGUGGACAAUGAUGGAAUCCAGCAUCGGGGCAGUGGCGCGUGUGAAGCGAUUUGUCAACGAGACCGAGUCUGAAGAGGAGAAGGGUGGACAGAUUGAGGUUGCUCCUAAUUGGCCACAGGCGGGCCAAUUGGGUUUCAAAGCCGUGGUUGCUGCUCACAGACCCAACGCAGAGCCAGUCAUGAGGGGGGUUUCCAUGGAAAUCAAGCCUCAAGAGCACGUUGCAAUCUGCGGCCGUUCUGGCAGUGGUAAGACCUCCUUGAUACUGGCCUUACUGCGAAUGAUCGAGACGCAAAGAGGACAGAUCGUGGUUGACGGGGUCGAUGUCGCGAAUCUGUCCUGUACUGAUGUCCGUUCGCACCUCAACGUCGUUCCACAAGACCCAUUCCUGCUACCGGGAACGAUUCGUCUAAACCUUGACCCCUUUGGUACUGCCUCUGAUGAGCAAAUCACCUGCGCACUUGAGCGGGUCAGACUCUGGACCAUCGUCAAGGAGCAAGGUGGACUCAGUCAGGUAAUCGACACUGCAGCCUGGUCCGCAGGGCAGAGGCAGCUGCUGUGUCUUGCGCGCGCCAUGGUCCGCAAAAGUAACAUCUUGAUUCUUGACGAGGCUACGAGCAGCGUUGAUGACGGGACAGAAGCUGUGAUGCAGGAAAUCAUCGACACAGAAUUCAAAACCUGCACUGUCCUGGCUGUCAUGCACCGACUCAAGCAUAUCGCUCGGUAUGACAAGGUCGCGUUGCUGGACAAGGGGAUGCUGGUCGAGUACGAUGCGCCGACUACAUUGCUUCAGCAGGCGUCCAGGUUCAGCGACCUCUAUCAGUCCAGCUCAAAAUAG